AUGUCCGACACGGAGCACGACACGUCCGUCUUGGGAAAGCGAACGCGUAAUGGCGAUAACGCGCCAGAAGAUGAUGAAAUGAAGACCGAGGACACGGCUGCCACAAUCCCUGUGGACGAGGACGACGAGGACGACGUUGGGCCCAUGCCUGCGCCGGCUGAGAGCAGCGGAAAUGGCGUGGCCAAGAAAAAGCGUAAAGGCGAGUUUCAAAUGCUGCUGCCGCAUGAGAAGCUGUACCUCGAGCAUUUGCCGAGCGCGGACAGAUACUACAAGAGUUUUAUGCAUAGAGACGUCAUCAGCUUCUGUGUUAUGACCAAGACUGACUUCCUGGUGACCACGUCGGUCGACGGACACCUGAAACUCUGGAAGAAGCAGGACCAGGGAAUUGAAUUUGUCAAGCACUACCGUGCGCACCUUGCACCUAUUACUGGGGUCUCUGCGAGCGCGGAUGGACAGCUGUUUGCCAGUGUCUCUGAAGAUGGCUCAGCAAAGGUGUUCGAUGUCAUCAACUUCGACAUGAUAAACAUGAUCAAGCUUGGCUUUACCCCACAUACAUGCUGCUGGGUACACCGACGCGGACAGGCGCAGGGUCUCCUCGCGGUUUCAGAUCGUGACAGCGGGACGAUACGGCUCUAUGACGGGCGUGGUAACGGCCAGCCGUUGGAGACUAUUGAGAAACUGCAUCGCUCUCCGGUGCAUAUCAUGGCGUACAGUGACAGAUACGACUGCGUGGUAUCGGCGGACGAAGGCGGGUUCGUCGAAUAUUGGCAACCAAGAGAGCCCUUUGAGCUCCCCAAAAAUGUACCUGGCUUGUGGGCGUUCAAGAGCGCAACCGACUUAUAUGAAUUUAAGAAGUCGAAGUCAACGCCAACGUGUAUCACGCUCUCGCCAGAUUCGACUUCCUUCGCGACAUUCUCACUGCCCGACCGCCAGAUCCGCAUAUUCUCCUUCCUUUCGGGCAAGAUGACCCGCAAGUAUGACGAGUCAUUAGAGGCGAUUCAGGAGAUGCAGCAAGCGGGGACGGCGAUAUACAAAGUGGAAGACAUGGAGUUCGGGCGCCGUCUCGCGGCUGAGAGGGAACUGGAACUUCCUGGACCCGACGGGAUUGUGCCAGGCCGCUGGAUUAAUGCCAUUUGGGACGAGAGCGGCGCCUUUGUGCUCUACCCGACGCUGUUGGGUGUCAAAGUUGUCAACACCGUCACCAAUCGAGUCGUGCGCCUGUUCGGCAAGGAUGAAACAGCGCGAUGGAUGCAUCUCACCCUCUAUCAGGGCGCGCCUGCGAAGAAGGGACUGACAACUGCAGCGGCAGCUGCAUCAGCAAACCCUCUCCUGGCCGAGAAGGCUGUCAGAGAUCCAACGCUGGUAUGCACAGGCUAUAAGCGCCAGCGAUUCUACAUGUUCACUCGCUCCGAACCUGAGGACGACAAGUCCGGUGAUCGCGAUAUCUUCAAUGAGCGGCCCACCCGCGAGGAGCUGACGAUUGCAUCAUCCACGUCAGCUCUGGGAAAACCCGGUCCCUCGCCCGUUGCGAAUGCCGCUACCAUUCACACGACGCUGGGCGACAUGCAUCUCAGAUUAUUCCCCCAGCAGGCGCCAAAGACGGUGGAGAACUUCGUCGGACAUGCGCGAAGUGGAUACUUCGAGAAUGUCAUCUUCCACCGUGUCAUUCCGAAGUUUAUGAUCCAAACAGGGGAUCCGCUGGGCGACGGUACAGGUGGAAUGUCAAUCUGGGGCGGAGAAUUCGAAGAUGAGUUUUCGGACGACCUAAAACACGACAGACCAUACACAGUUAGUAUGGCGAAUGCAGGUCCAAAUACAAACGGGUCGCAAUUCUUCAUCACCACAACGGCAACUCCCUGGCUGGACAAGAAGCAUACUAUCUUUGGCCGAGUGCUGUCUGGAUUGGAGGUGGUGCACGCGAUAGAGAAUGCAAAGACCAACAAGGUGGACAAGCCGUUUGACGACAUCAAAAUAGUGAACAUCGACGUGGAAUGA